CUCUGGCUUGAAAGCCAGCGCUUGGGGUGGCAGUGGGACUGGCCGGGACGGACGGACAGGCGGCCGCGGGAGGGCAGGGCACCGCUGCUGGCUCGGGGAGGCCCAACCAGCCAGGGAGGAAGGAGCUUUUGGUAUCCCCCGCCCCAGCCGCCCCACCCCACCCCCAAUCCUGCGUGCAUCUGCCUGGAGUGCCCGGGGGCAGGGCGGCCGAGACUCGCUGGGGAGGUAGAGAAACUGCCGCCACCGCUCCAAAGUUUCUUUUCCUCCUCUGCCGGGAAAAACAAACCAGCCCCCAACCCAGAGAAAGCCAGAGAGAGGUCUCCUCCCCCUGGAAUUGGCCGGCUCGCUCGUCCCCAGCCAACCCCCCAGGAAGAAGGGAGCUGGCAGACGGCGCUAAUCCCCCUGCCCUUCUAGACCGCGGGGCCCGUCCAGCCAGUCGAACCUGCUCCAGCUACAUCCGGGAGAGCUCCGUCCCAAGUCCUUCCAAGCCAGGGCCAUGGCUCCCCCACGAGCCGCACCCUCCAGGGCAGCUCGUGCUCCCUAAGAGCGGGACGGGGUAAGAAACCAGGACCCUCCGCCCGGGGCUUCCCGUUCCUCCCCCUCGACUCUCCGGGAAAGCCCAGUGCGCGAAGCCCCCUUGCCCAUCGCCCUCCCAGGGCCCGUCGGCAUGGACACGAGGAGGAUGGAGCAGCCCAAGGCAGCCGGGCCAGCCCUGGGCUGGAUGUCGGGCUCGCACAGGAAGAGGAGGCCCACGAGGGCCGAGCUGACGGCAGACAUGAUCAGCCCGCCCCUCGGCGACUUCCGCCACACCAUGCACGUGGGCCGAGGCGGGGAUGUCUUCGGGGACACCUCCUUCCUCAGCAACCACGGCGGGGUGGGCCGCGGCGGCGGCCGCUCCCCCCGAAGCUUCCUCCUCCGCACUCUGCAGCAGGUGCGGCGGGGAGGGCCUCCUUCCCGGGGGUCCACCUCCUCGGCAGCCUCCUCUCCUGACCCCCCGGCCAUCUCGCCCAUCAUCAAGAAUGCCGUGUCCUUGCCCCAGCUCCACCAGGCCGGCUACGACAGCAUGGUGGUGAGCAAGCUGAGCUUCCGAGACAGCCCUCGGGGGUCCCCUGAUGGACACCAUGGCUAUGGUCUGGAGUCUGGAUUCUGCACCAUCCCCCGCCUCUUGCCCUCUGAAAAGCCGCUGGACAAGGACAGCUCCUUCCCUUCCGAGUCUGAGCUGCCUCGCUCGGACUCGGAGCCAGAGCUGCAUCGCUCCGAUUCUGAGCCCAAACUCCAUCGCUCCGACUCGAUGCUCUCCUUCCGCCUGGACCUGGGUCCCUCCCUCCUCAGCGAGCUUCUCAGCGCCAUGAGCUUGUCGGAGGGGCCUGGGAAAGAGCCGGCCCCGACCACAGACCCCCAGCCCCCGGCCGCUGAGCCCCGGCCUCAGGGACGCUGCCCCAAUGGGGUCUCAGCGGCCAAGAGCCCCCCCGGGGAGAAGCCGGGGAUCCUUCCGGCCGAGAAGCCCAGGCCACCGGCCGGUCUGAACCCGGCCAGGGGACAGUGGGUGGGCAGCUGGGGCCCCAGGCCCCACUAUAGCGAGGUGACCGCCCGGCAAGAGCUGGCCGGAGUGUUGCCUCAAAGCCGGGCCUCGUGGGAGAGCCAGGAUGAGGGCCUGGGGCUCUCCCCCUGCUGGGCAAGGGGCAGCUCGGAGAGGGAGCCCCGGAGAGCCCCGGUGCCCAGCACAGUUCAGGCGAGCUCAUUCCAGUUUGCCGAUGAGGACGAUGAGGUGAAUAUGUGAGCGUAGCCUGCUAGGACCCCGGCGCGGCACAGGCCUUCUCCCAGCCCACUUCGGAGGGCGCAGGGUUUAGGUGGAGCGGACGAUCCCCAUCCAGUAGGACAAGCCGCAAAGCCAGGGGUGCGGGGGAGGAGGGAAGAGGAAAAGGAACUGGCAUCGCUUCCCAUCCCCCCACCCUGGCGCUCUCCCUCCACCUCCCCACCCCAGGCCAUGCCAGUCAGCGGGGGGCGGGGAGGGCAGAGACUGGGCCGGAGUCUCCCUCCCUGCCCACUCCCGUCCCCCCACCCUCCACCCAGGGCCUUCUCCCUUCCAGUGAGCAGUAGGAGUAGGUAGGAGGGGGCUGGAAGCGGGAGAGCUGAGACGGGAUCUGGCCUGACCCCUGCAGCCGUGGGCACCAGAUGCCCAGCUUCCUCCCAUGCCGCUCCCACAGCCGAGCCGGGCUGACAGUGCAGCCUUUGUGGCGAGGGGAGAGCAGGGGAGGCAGCACAGGAGCCCAUUGUCUUCAUGACUACUCCUCGUGGCCCAGCCCCCGGGGGGUCCAUUCCAGGCGGUGGGGGUGCCCCUGCCCCCGGGGUGACGGCUUCUCCACCCACUGCCGUCCCUUCCAGACUGUUGUAGACCCAGGACCAAAGGCCACCAUGACCUCAGCCGGGAGGAAUGCCUGGCCUUGGCCUGCCGGCCCCCCUGGGCUCUCGGGGUCCAGCCUGAUUCAAAGAGGAAGGUUUGGGGUUUGGGGUUUCUGCUGGGGUUUUUUGGAUACAAAUUUGUCCCUCUGGAGGAGGCGGAAAAA